AUUAGGUAGGCCCUAUAGAUUUUAAAUAUCGCACUGCAAUAGUUUAAAGAUUUAAGACAAGCUCAUCUUGCUAUCCAGCUUGGUGGGUCAGGUUUGCUACAUCAUGCUCAAGCUUAUUUUGACAUGGUUGUUGCUGCUGGUCAAUCAUGCUACUUCUCUUAAAGUUCGGUCGGUGUCGCCUCGCUAUGUGGGAAAUGGUGGCGCUGUACGAGUAACGGUUUUUGGCGAAGGUUUCCUGGAAAGCGAACCGAAUUUUGCGGGUGGGGAUGAUCCGAACGCGGUGAAAGUAUAUUUUAUUGAUUCUCAUUCUCAGUACGAAUGUGACGUCGGUAAAGAAGGAAGCACAAAGGAUAAAAUUAUCUGCUACACAAGACCGAUGCCACAAGGUAAUUUCUUUGUGAAGGUGGUUUCAGGAAACGAGGUGGCGUAUGAAACGAACUGUAACAAUAAUCCUCAACAUAGCUAUUGUACCAUGAGAUUUCAUCCACAUUACGGACCGGAUAUGCGCACCGUCAGUAAAGUGGAACCGAUUCAAUACCCGAUUUCGAAAGCGUAUGCACCGGGUGAUCUUAUUCAGGUUUACGGUCGCAUUGUAACCCAGGCAUACGGAUCAAACAACCAAACCAUCCUCAAUGGUCGAGACACUUCAUUCCGAAGGGUUUACGUCAAUGGUCAUAGUUGUGAGCUAAUAAACCCCGACACUCAAGAUUUCUACAGCAUUAAACUAACCUCUGAAACAUCGAUAUAUGGCACCUUCCACUGCCAACCACUGGGAACGUAUAUCGGUUACAGUAACAUGAGUUUUAUUCUAACGAACAGUUUCGGUCGGUCGGUCCCGCACAAGGCAUUAUAUCAAGUCAGCGGAACAGACACAGUUCACAUGAUCCAGACUUACGCAGAGAUCACAGGAAUCUCCCCCAAAGUCGGCAGCGCAGCUGGUGGAACACAUUUGACAAUCACUGGAAAACAUUUUGACCGCAGUACGAAAGUUCUCGUUGGCGGUGUACCAUGUAAAAUUACAAAUAAUUCAAUAACUGCGACGUCAUUGACCUGCGUCACUGGACCUUCACCGAACAGGAAACCUUACCGUUAUUCAGGCUCACGUGGGAUUUACAUGAGAUGGUGGAAUGAAACAAGUGUAGGGUCAACCAGUGUCGGAACAAUCUUUAGUUUACAUGAAAAUAAAUCCGACUACCGAGGUCAACAUAUUAUACAACAAGCGGGUUAUCAGUGGAACUACGAUGACGAUUUUGCCGGUUUAUUCGAAGGUAUAUUUGUUGCACCUCAGACAGAUAAUUACAAGUUUUACUUCAAGUCUGAUGAUGCAGGACAAGUUCAUUUUCACUGUGGUGAGCUUUUGGAAAAUGAGACUUUUGCGAUUGUAUCCAGUAGAUACCGCCCUUCAUAUUUUCAUUCUCAUCUGCAAUCUGAUUGGAUAUCAAUGAAAAAGGGUCAACAAUGUUACUUUAAAGCUGCAGUAGUUGAUUGGCAUGGUCAAGGAAAUAUGUAUAUUGCUGCUCAUAGACAAAAGACAACUUUAACAGCAAAACAAUCAAAUCAAGUUUUCAAUGAGAAACAACGAAUUGAUUUUGAGGCUACCAAACAAGCUGAAAAACAGAAAAUUUCUUUUAAUUCAUGGAAUGUUGAAAGUGGAGUUGAAGAGAAACAGACUGUUCGAGUUGUUUGUACUCAAUCAUGUUCAAAUUCUCAAUUUCGUUUGAUUUAUAAUGGAAUGAAAAGUACAUUUUUCUCAUACCAGGUGUCUCGAUCUGCCUUCGAGUCAGAAUUAAGAAGUGUGGUUGGUAUCAGCGGGCAAACAGUUAAAGUUACCAAGACAGAUAUUACGAAUGGAAAAGAGUUUGUCAUUACAUUCAAAGGCAAGGGAGGCGACUAUCCUCCAAUCACAUAUGAAGUACGAAGCAAUGAGAACAUGCAAGUCACAGUCAGCGAAACUGUGAAAGGAGUUCCAGAUUUUAAGACGUUUUCAAUUAAAAUGGGUUCAAGAAUUUCUCAUCCAAUUACGAACAAUGCAUCUGGUGAAGUGUUACAAACUGAACUUAUGAAAUUAGUAUCCGCCCAUUGUUCACCAACACUGCUACCUAGUGGUUCUAGUGUGGCUGCGUUGUUUAAUUAUGAAGACGGUGAUAUCACUGAGGGGUUAGCAGGGCAGAUAAAAAGGGAUGUUGUUCCAUUUUGUGGUCGAGGUUCACUAUUAAAUCCAUCAUAUAUCUACAAAUCUGGCACAACUGCGCACGUGUCUUGGGAAAAACAUCGUGAUUUCUCAAUACUAACUUAUCCAAAGAUUUGCUUUGCUCAUCGAGGUAUCUUUAAACCAGAGAUUGGAGUAACUGGCAGUUUCCAAUAUACAGAUAAUGAAGGAAGACCUAAGACACAGACUACUACCAAAAAACUAUCGAUAUCAGUGACAAUGAGUAAAACAACAUGGACGUACUCUUGUUUUGAUUUUUCAACGUUGCUACAAGUUCAUUAUCCGAGCUUGGUUUCUGCUUCAAUUCGUGAAAUAUACCUGUAUCAAGUUGAAAACUUUUACAUUGAUGCGUUAUACAUUGGAAAGAACAAUAUUCUACCAAAUGGUGUUGCUGCAUCUGACCUACGUGUAGCACCUGCGUUGGCAACAGGGGAACCUAUAUCAAAUAUCGUUGUGCAGAAGAUGGAACCACUACCUGUGUAUGAUGUAACAAUUGAAACUUAUAACUGUGGUCACAUGGUUCCUUUGUUCAUGCUGGCAUAUUCCUCUCCAACAUCACAAAGCUCCAUAAAAGUUGAGAACAAAUGGUCAAAUGGAAAUAAUGGAAGUAUAUGUCGAGUGGUUGAGGCCACACCACCAAUGCGUGGAACAUUUGAUUUAACGCAUAUUUCGGCUGAUGGUUUCCAAGAAACUUUAAAAAACAUUCAAGUGAACACAACAGUCCUUCACUUUCAAAAUCUCUUGGAAAGUUUGCAAGGAUUUGGAAAAGCCAAAGUUGAAAAAAGUGGAAGUUGCCAUGAAAUUGAUUAUACAAUUGAAUGGCUGACUAAUGGCGGUUCUAAAACAUUAUUACAGAUAAACACCACAAACAUAUUGGGCGCACCUGACUUGGUUGGUUCUGUUCGGAAAAUAUCAUAUGGAGGAAUAUUUCACGCUCCAAUACCGGGGGAAAUGUUGCGAUUACCUUAUAAGGAGCCACAAGUUGAAGUACUUGUAAACAACAUCCCAUCAUUAUGCACAGGGAACUGCGGGUUUAUGUUUAGUGCAGACCACACUCCAAUGGUUCAAUCUUUUACUCCAAAUACUGGGUCAUCGGGUACCGUUGUAAGCAUAAGUGGAAGCAAAUUUGGAACACCUUCAACGGCAAAUGUUACAGUUCAAAUUGGAAAUGCUGCUUGUGUUAUUACAAGUCAUACAGACACUCAACUUCAAUGUCAGAUCUCCAAUGGACCUGCUGGUAGUCACCACCUAAAUGUUUUAGUUCAUGGUCUUGGAAGAGCUGCAAUUAACAAAAAUAUUUCCAAUCAGUUUAAUUUAACUGCGAAUCUAAUCAGCAUUUAUCCUGACACUGGAUUUACAAGCGGUGGUGCUUUGCUUAACUUAACUGGCACAGGGUUUAUAGAAACAUACAAAGUAUAUGUUGGUGCAAAUGAAUGUGUUGUGAAUAAAACUGAGAGGUUUGCUUCCAGACACAUAUUGUGUGUCAUUCCACCUGGAACCGUUUCAACAGUUGAUGUGUCAGUAAAAGAUAUGAACGGAAAUAUUGUUACGACCCUACCAUCUGCAUUUACAUAUUCAAAUGCAAAUCUUCCGGUCUUAACUUUAAUAUCACCAACAACAUCCACAGUUAUAGGUGGAUCAACAUUGAACAUCACUGGUCGUAAUCUCGGGUCAACCAUCUCUGAUGUUGUUAUUACAAUAGCUGGGAAAGUUUGUUCAAUAACAACAUGGACAUCAACUUACAUUCAGUGCAAACUUCCAUCUCUACCACAUGGUGUUCAUCAAGUUAAUGUUCUGGUUAAAGAAAUUGGAAUCGCAGAUUUAAAGCAAAAUAAUAUAUCUGGUAUCAGCUAUACGUUUGCAGUUGAUCAGUUAUCACCACAACAUGGAUCGAUACAUGGGGGUUCUAUCAUUACCAUCUCUGGUCAAGGAUUUGUGAACGACCCUGCGCUAAAUAUUCUAUUGGGCAACCAUUCUAAAUGCAACGUACAAAGUGUUACAAGUAACAUGAUUCAAUGCAAAAUUGGUAGUCUUGCAAGAACACAUUUUAUAAAUAAUAACGGAAUACACCCAGUUUAUGGAUCUGGUUUUGCAUGGAAUCCACAAGUUCUUCGUAUAAAUGUUGGAGAUAAAGUUGUUUGGAGGUGGAACAUACAGGGAACACCAAACAAUGGUUGGGGUAUUCGAGUGUUUUCAACUGCUGGACCUGAUGGUGAAGAAUAUGAUAAUGUUGGCUUCAAUUCUGGGCCAACAAAAACACAAAAUGGAUACUAUGAAUACAAGUUCGUGCAACCUGGUACUUAUCAUGCGUUCUCUGGAUAUAUUAAUGGCAACGAUAAUACUGUUUUGAUGAGAGGAACAAUUCAUGUAACCGAGAAAAUUCAGCACUUUCCUCUGCACGUCAAGUUGAGAGGCAUUUCUGCUCAUGUUGGUGCAGCCAAAGCACAUCGUCAAAAGCGGGCAACAUCUUGUACUGCAUUGAAUAAAGUACCUGGUUGUGUACCUAGUGGUACAACAGUGGAUAACAGUUUAAUAUUUGUAUCUGGUGAAGCUUGUUACACACCAACAGUACUUUCCACUUCCCCUCAAUCUGGUACAAUAGAUACAGUUGUUACAAUAACAGGAAGUGGCUUUGCACAAAAUGAGUGCGCUAAUUCUGUAAUGAUUGGUAACUACCCAUGUGAAGUGUUGACAUCUAGCUCAACUGAAAUACGGUGUUCUCCAAAACCAACAAAUAUGACACUGAUUGGAACAUUGUAUCAAGUGAAAGUAACUGUGAACAACCUUGGUGAAGCAUCAGUUGAUGAUAAACAUAGAUUUGCGUUGGUUCCAAAUAUUAAAUCUGUUGUACCUGUAAGUGGAUCUAUGCAAGGUGGAACAAAGUUAACGGUAACAGGGUUUGGUUUUUACACACUUACUCCACUGAACCGAGUAUCUAUAUCUGGCACACCAUGCAUGGUGCAACAAUCCACUUCCCAUCAACUAACAUGUGUCACAUCAGCAGUUAACCAAGAAACUUCAGCUAAUAUCACAUUUUCCAGAUCACCAUACAUAUCAACAUGCACUGGAUCGUGUUUAUUUUCUUAUCUUGCUUCCAUGACACCAACUGUCACCUCAAUCACUCCUAAUACAGUCAAUCAAAGUGACACAACAAUUACAAUUGUUGGAAGUGAUUUUAGUAAUGAUAAAUCCACUGUGUCGGUUACUGUUGGCUCACGCCAAUGUAAUGUUACAACAUCAUCAAGUUCAUUGGUGAAAUGUACGCUCGAUUUCUUACCUUUUGGUGCACACACAGUUAAACUCACUGUUAAUACAAAAGGAUACGCAGCAUUUAAUCCAACGUCUCUGAAUAUGAUUACAAGUGUACCACGUGCAAGUAUUACACCAGUAAGUGGCAGCAUUGAAGGAGGGAAUGAAAUAAUGUUUAGUGGAAAUGGGUUCAUGGUUGAAGGGCUUACUGUCACUAUAGAUGGGAAAGCUUGCCCAAUCAAACAACCAAUCAUGAAUCAUCAAUUCUCAUGUGUUGCACCAAGAGUAGGAACAACCAAAGAAGUGAAUGUGGUGAUCAGUCCUUCUGGCUUUCCAGUAUUAAAAUACACUUACAAUGCUGAACUAACAGCACUUGCUACCUCCAUUCAACCUUCCGAAGGUGUGCCUGGUGAGAUGGUAACAAUUACAGGUACAAGGUUAAAUAACACAAAUAUAUCUGUGUUUAUUGGAGAUUCCAUCUGUGUUACUACAUUUCAAAAUUUUACUCAUAUUCAAUGCACUGUGCCUUCGCAUAGAGGAGGAACUUUCCCGGUCAAAUUAUUGGACAGCGUUACUGGCUUUGCUACUUCAAAUCUUAUGUUCACAGUCACCUUAAACAUAACUUCAGUUACACCAAUGUCAGGUGGAUUUGCUGGUGGUGUGAAACUUGCUCUAACUGGUUUGGGUUUUGACGAAACAAUGCAGAUUAAAGUUUGUGAUAAUAUGUGUCAUCUUAAUGCAUCAGCUGUCACAAGAACUAAUGUUGAAUGCAUCCUUGAAACAGAGCCUAUAAGUUCUGAGUUAACAGUGAUUGCAUCAGUGCUUCAUAGCUCAACUUUUUUUGGUGGAAGUGAAAAACUCACAAUUAUAUCUGUGGAUGACUCUUAUGAUAAAAAUGGUUAUUUUCCACUUGGUCAGAUUGUUGUUAACAACACGGCACUCAAUGAAAACACCAAAGAUAUCAUUACAUACAAGGGAGUAACAAACAAUGCAUUCAAACAUCCUUCUUCAUAUGUUAGCAUUUACGGAGUAAAAAGAAACGACUUGAGGCAAUAUGUUUCAAUUUGGAGACCAGUUGCACCUAAAGGUUACGCUUGUUUGGGUGAUAUUUUAAAGUUUGGAAGUACCUUAACACCACCUAAUCUUGAUGUCGUACUUUGUCCUCAUAUGAGCUUGGUUGUGGAAUCCACACUGGGGGAAAAAAUGUGGGCAGAAGGUUCUCGGAGUAAUUUGUUUGAAGCUUGGAGAAUUCAUGGCAGUCGACACAAUGUUUUCGCUACUAAAUCCAACCCAAAAACUGGGUUAAAAGUUUAUAGACUCAAAAAUAACCUUGAAAAGACAUCAUUUGAAGUUGACAAAAGUUGCCCGGUCACUGUGACAGUGGGUGACACAAGUAGUGUUGCUACAAGCAAUUUCACGUAUACUGCAUCUCAAACACCAAAAGUUGAAUCUGUAACUCCAGUGAGAGGUGGAACUGGUGGUGGUGUAAAUAUUACUAUUGUGGGAACUGGUUUUACUACAGACAAAUCCUCGGUAAAAGUGUCAAUAGCUGGUGUUGUUUGCACCGUUCUACACUCAACAGAGACUAACAUCGUUUGUCAAACUGAACCAAGUUCAAAAUCAACUUCUGCAUUCGUUGAAGUUAGCAUUGUUGGCAAGGGACUUGCCAUUAAUAAGAAUGCUCAGUUUCAAUAUGUUGAUCUGUGGUCAUCAAUAUACACAUGGGGUGGUCUAUCUCCACCAACCACUGGUGACUUGGUUGUUGUGAAAAAAGGACAAACCGUGGUUCUUGAUGUGAAUACUCCUGUAUUGAAACUUCUCCUCAUACAAGGAGGAAAACUGAUAUUUGAUGAAAAGAAUAUUGAGUUACAAGCAGAGUACAUACUUAUUACUGAUGGGGGAGUGCUACAGAUUGGCACAGAAGAAAAGGCUUUUGAACAUAAAGCAAUCAUUACAUUGCAUGGACAUCUUAGGGCAAAAGAAUUACCCAUAUAUGGAGCAAAGGUGUUAGGUGUGCGUAACGGCACAUUAGAUUUGCAUGGAAAACAUAUUCCAAUAACAUGGACUCAUUUGUCACAAACAAGUUCUGUUGGUUCAACAACCUUGAAUUUGGAUGAUGCAGUCACUUGGAAUGUAGGAGAUACCAUUGUUGUUGCUACUACAGGACAUCGCCACAGUCAAAAAGAAACAGAAACAUUCAAAAUCACAAAUAUAUCAGCGAAUAAAAAAGUUCUGACUGUUGAACCACCAUUAAAAUAUGAACAUAUUGCUGUAGCACAAACAUUUGGAGACGGAACAUUGGUUGAAACAAAAGCAGAAGUUGGUUUACUUACAAGAAAUAUUGUGAUUCGUGGAUCAAAACAUUUGGGAUGGACAGAUGUUAUACCAGAGUGUGAAGAAGGUUUCAAUACUGGUGAAUUUGCAACACAAACCUGUUUCCAGGGUCGUUUUGGGGAAGAGGAAGGAUCUGAUGAGUUUGGUGCAACUAUCAUGUUGCAUCCACGUGAGCAAGGAUCAGGAGUUGUCAAAGCAAGGAUUGAGUUUGUUGAGAUAACAGAAGCUGGCCAAGCUUUUAGACUCGGACGUUACCCGAUUCAUUUUCAUCUCAUGGGGAACGUAAGGAAUGGCGUGAAGAUCAAUAAUUAUGUGAGAGGAUGUGCAAUACAUAAAACAUUUAACAGAGCUGUAACAGUGCAUGGAACACACAACCUGUUGGUUGAACACAAUGUGGUUUAUGAUGUCAAAGGGGGAGCUCUUUUUAUUGAAGAUGGAGUUGAAAUUGGAAAUGUUUUGCAAUACAAUCUCAUUCUAUUCUGCAAACAAAGCACAUCUUUACAAAAUGACGACAUCACGCCAGCUGCUAUUUGGGCAACAAACCCCAACAAUACAAUACAACAUAAUGCCAUGGCAGGUGGAACUCAUUUUGGCGUUUGGUAUCGAAUGCGUAGCAGACCUGAUGGUCCUUCAUACGACCCACAGUAUUGUCCAAGACAUAUCCCAUUGGGUGUGUUUCUCAACAAUACAGUACAUUCACAAGGCUGGUUUGGUGUGUGGACUUUCCAGGUGUGGUAUCCAAAGAAAGCUGGUUCAUGUUGGAAUAAUGAACCGGAACCAGCAGAUAUUGGUUCGAUGCUUGUAUGGAACUGUGAGAAAGGAGCUGAGUUGGUAAAUGCAGGAGCUAUCAGGUUUCACAAUGCAUUGAUGGUUAAUAAUGAAAAAGCAGGAUUAGAAGUAAAACAAAUUGGAGAUAAAAACGUUAAGUGGGGACAAGCUGGACUUUACAACAGCAAAAUAAUUGCACGUGGACUUGUCUCUAAAUCUGGUGAAAAAACUCACAGUGGUGUAGUUCUGCCUUAUUCCGAAGCAUUUGGUGUACAUAAUGUUACCUUUAUAAACUUUGAUCAAAACACAGCAGUAUUCGCAGGAACAACAAUUACAGGAACCUGUGCAAGUUUUUGUGGCGGUUAUCCUUACAAAAUGAGUGGCAUAAAAUAUUUGAACAGUCCAAACAAAGCCAGAUUUCGAUGGGCUCAUGAAAUGGUAAUCUAUGAUUUGGAUGGAAGUGUUACGGAGACAAACCAACCUAAGGUUAUCACACCAAGCAAUCCAUCAUUACCUCCUUCAUGUGUGGAGAGCGCAUCGUUUAGUGUUGGAUUUAAGGGAAGUGUAUGUCCCGGUAACUUAAAGUUCCAUCGACUAGCUUGGAACAAACCGCUACCAUCGUCACUUGAAGCAAAAGAUGUCAAUUUAACUACUUCAUAUGGAACCACAACUAUUCCAUUCAAGAAAAAGGGAAUGACCCAUAAACUGGGAUGGACAGCAACCGUGAUCACUGGUGAAAGUUAUGUUUGGACGUUUGUGGACGCACAGCACAUAUCAAAUAUCUCAUAUAAAGCUGGUUUCUAUAGUUUUGAGACAUCAGAUUGCGUGAUCAUGUCACAUAAGCUUACACAAAAGCCAGAUCGUGUUCAAGUCUACAAAGGCCUCGCACGAAAUGGUUCAACUUCCAUGGUAACUUGUGCGGCAAACAAAAAUGGAGAUUUUUUCUUCGAUGCAAAUGAAAAAGAAUUAUUUUACGUUGUAUCUGGUAGUGAUGCAGUUAGUAGAAAGAAGAGAUCAGCAUCUCCCAAUGCAAAGGACAGAAGUGUUUUAUUUGACUCCUAUAGAUGUUUUUAUAAAGAUUGUAUUAUUCCGAAAGGAACAGGAUCAAACACCGUUGACCUUAAACGUGAGCGACCAUCUGAUGCCGUGUUCUGGUCAAACGUUGAAUCGUGGCGUGAUGCAGAUGAGGGUUGGGGGGGAAACGAUGGUGGAGGAAGUUAUUCUCUUCCCAAGAAUGGAGCCAAAAUUAAAAUUAAAACAGGUGUAUGGAUGGUUGCUGACAUUGACUUCCCUGAUAUGACUGAGUUGUGGAUUGAAGGAACAUUGGAAUUAGAUGGAAAUCAAAAAGCAGACGGGACUUAUAAGAAAUUUACUCUUCAAGCAACUCAUAUUAUUAUAACUGGUCGUCUAAUUAUUGGUUGGGAAGAUGACAAGUUUGUUGGAGAAGCUAACAUAAUAUUGAAAGGUGAUGUUAAUACACCGGAGUAUAAACCUUCUGCUCAGAUAAACAUGGGUGCAAAGGCUAUAGGAGUAUUUGGUGGAUUGGAUUUGCAUGGCAGACGUAGGGAUGUGGUGUGGACAAAACUUGCUCAAGCAGCAAAUGCUGGAGAUUCUACAGUUGUGUUGUCCCAAGCUGUGGAAUGGGAGGCUGGAGAAGAAAUCAUGGUGACAUCAACAAGUUUUGAUCCUUGGGAAACUGAAACAUUUAAAAUACAAUCCAUUUCAUCUGAUAAACUCACUUUAACACUCAACACAACACUCAAAUUCACUCAUCUUGCAUACAGUGUCUCGUACACAAACCACGCUGGUGCGUCAAAUACUUACAAGUUAAAUGCUGAAGUUGGUUUAUUAUCUCGUAAUAUUAAAAUAAUUGGACAAGAUUACAACAAUCUUUAUAAAGAAUCAUUUGGUGCAAGGUUGUUGGUUGGAACGUAUCAAAACAGAACUGGGACAGAGUUCAGAGGGUUUGCACGAAUUGAAGAUGUUGAAUUCUACCACACCGGGCAGGAGGGACAUAUCGAUAACUAUGAUCCCAGGUUUUCACUCGCUUUUCUUAGAACAGGUACGGUGGACAAUGAGUUUAAACCAAGUUACGUUCGACGCAAUUCAUUCCACCAUGGUUUCAACAGCGCCAUUGGUGUGUUUGGUGCAAAAGGAGUUCCUAUCACAAACAAUGUCAUUCAUCAUACAGUGGGGCCUGCUAUUAAAGUAGAAGGAGAAAAUCACAGAAUUGAAAAAAAUCUGGCUGCAAUUUGUCGAACAAGGUCUGUUUACCAAGAUAGAAAUGAAAUCGAUAUUGUUUUGUGGAAAGCAGCAAUUGAGAUAAACGAAGGAACAAAUAUAAUGAUGUUUGGUAAUGUGGUGGCUGGAUCAGAAAGAGCUGGUUAUAGAAUAGAUGGUGAAGAAUGUUCCACAGCAAGCGUUCAUGGUGGCCUUGAUUCAAAUGAGGCGCGUGCGGUUAUGCAAGGAAUAUGGAUGAAUAAGGAUGGAUUCUUCACUUGUUCCCGAAUAACUAACUUUAACGUGCACAAAGCAUUUGAGGCUGGUAUCUAUUACCAAGGUAGAGGGAGUGUUGAGGUGGUUAAUGCAUUGAUCACGGAUUCAACAGUAGGAUUGAGCACUUUAUUUAUUGGACCAGCAUCUAAGUCUCACGGAUUUGCUGCAAAAUAUGCCAUUGUUAAGAAAUCCACAUUUGUUGCUGUUUCAAAACCAGGUGAUUGUACAUUGAUACCAUUUACCACUGACUAUAUAGCAAAUGUUGGAUUUGCACGAGCGCCUGCAAUGACAAGUAGGACAGGAGUUAAAGAUGGUAGAGCUGGUGUUUUGUGGCCAAUAUUUAUGUCUGGCCCAAAUGCAACUCCACAAAAACCUCACUAUGGUUCAAUCAGUUAUUCCGCACUUGGUGGAAGAAUGGAAAUCUCAGAAACUACGUUUGUUAAUUUUGAUGACAAGCAAUGUACGCGUGAUCGACACACAGCGUUCAUGACCAACCCAGCUGGUGAAGAUUACAUGCACCCGAUAUAUGCCGAGAAAUUACAUUUUGUUAAUUCAUCGCCAGACAGCCGAAUUUUCAUACAUCGUCCCUCACUGGGGAAAAUAAAUCCAUCCGAUUGUGUUGAUAUGGAAUGUGAUGGAAUGAAAGUCGUUUUCUUGUUAGAUAAAGAUGGUUCAAUGUUGGGUUCACCAGGUUCUGUUAUACCAGAGGCUGAGUUUGAAUGGGAUGGAGACAAACGCAGAGGAUUGGGUGAUUAUAGGAUUCCAAAAACAAUGCUUACCAGAUUAAAUGGAAGCCGAAUACCUGUGAAUGAAAUUGCUCCUAACAAAGGAAUAUUAAGAAAAAACACAACCACCACAAAUUGUGUUAAACGAACAUCAUGGAGAGCUCACGAAUGUCAUGGUUAUCGUCAUGAAUUACUUAUUAUUGAAAGUUUAGAUGUUGAUUCAGAAACCCGCAGACUUUCACCCGUUGCAUUGCUCACUGAAGGAUACAUUGAUCUUCUUAAUGGACCACAAGACCAUGGUUGGUGUGAUGGUUAUACUUGUCAGGAACGUUUGUCAACAUUCCAUGCAACUGUUGCACUGAAUAAAGAAUAUCUGAUACAUUUCAGUGGAACUUCACCCCAAAAGAUGCGACUUCGAUUGCCUAACGUGAACAGCACAGACUCUGUUGUGGUUGGUUUGUUUUACACCUCACCACGACGAUUAGAUGUUUAUGUUAAUGAAGUCUACAUCGAACCAUUGAAUGCCCAAACCAACUCAAACGGAGAACGUAUUUUGCUUAAACCGACCACACCUACUCAGUACAAACCAACCAAUUCGAAAAAUACUGGCGCAAACUACUUUGAUCGGGACUCACAAACAUUGUUUGUCACGGUUAAGGGAGAUACCCCAGUUGACAUCUACACGGCACCAGUGGUUGAAAUUACAUUUGGCAUCCCUCCAGUUACCCCAGAUGAGUUUUUUGACAGUGCAGGUCUCAUUAAGAGACUCGCUUUAUUCUUAAAUGUUGACGAAAGUAAAAUACGAAUCGUGGACAUUGUUCGAGUUGGUUCAACUUCUUCAAGUAGAAAGAAACGUUCGACACAAUCCUCUUCUGUAUCUGUUGAAGUUGGUGAUCCACCACCAACCACACAAACCACCCCCCCACCAGCUACCAUUGCACCAGCACCUCAGCCUGGUAGUACAACUACCACCCAAGCAUCAGUGACUACAACACCGUCCCCUACAGAUCUUGCAAUUAAGCUGUUACAAUCAUACACAGUGAUGAUUGUAAACGCGCUACAAACUGGUACAUUAGCCAGCCAACUUAACACAACUAUACUUAGCAUGAGCGUUAUUGAUGCGUUACCACCACCUGAGGAUUCAUCAUGGAAGAAUAUUGCAAACCAAACAGAGAGUGGUAUCACCCCACACUCAUACACACAACCAGAUAAGAUACAAGUUUCACAAGAAGCGAAUGCAGUAUACACACAUACCGUAUUCCCCAUACAACCAAUGAUUGAAGUAGUUGAUUCUGCUGGCAACAAACUGAAGGAACUCGGUCAUUCAUCUGAUCCAUGGAUGAUAACUGUGUCGGUUCAAAAUAAACCAACUGAUGUUUUGUUGAGUGGUGUAAAGACUGUUCCAUUUGUUUCUGGUGUUGCUACGUUUUCAGGUUUGUCGUUAAAUAAACCUGGAACAUACAAGUUGGUCUACCAAGUGACGCAUCCAACUACAGCAUCAUCAUUCUCAACAACAGGCCGGGAAUUUUCUAUCAUUGAAAAACCAGCUCCAGUCAACCCCCCUCCAAAUAAUAACACAAAACUGAUUGGAAUAAUAGUUGGAAGUGUGGUUGGUGUUCUUGUACUUGUGAUUAUCGCUAUAGUUGCAUGGAAACGUCCAUGUUGUGGUAAACGCAAGAGUGCAAAAAUAUCUUGUGAGCAAACUGAUGACGACCGAAAGGUGUCCAAAUACUCUGGCAAUGAAAACGUGGAUAUGAAUGAAUAUGUCACAGUAGAACCACAACCUAUGACAACAUUUGGUCAAUCCACUUCUAGAAACAAUGACAAUGAUGUAGAAUCAACAACAGAAAAUACACUGAAGCAGCUUGGCAUGAAAACACAUUAAGUCAAAUGUUCAUCUUAAAUGUAGACUAGAUUUUAUAGUUUUCUCACCUGGGUUAUCUGCUUGUUAUCCAUGUUUCACACAAAACUGUUCUUGGCUGAUUGUAGCAUUAAUGCUUUAUCUAUUUAGUUUAUAUUAGCCCAUUGUUCUGUUUAUCCAUCUAAUUGUUUAUGUGUACCCAACUAGACCAGAAAAUCAAGAAAACACUGUAAUACUGCACUUUUUUGUUAUAAAUUGUCUUGUUUGUAUACACUUUACAACCACCUUCACUUUGUACAAAUCUUAUAAAGUGUUUAAACCAACGUGUUUAAAUCCAGCUUUGUACAAAUGUAUAUAGAGAGAAAA